AUGCUGUCCGAUGCUCUUCCCAGUGGCUCAACGCCCAGGACGUUGUCAGCUUCCCAAAACCCCUCCCUGCACGGGCUCAAGCCAAAAACUCAAUCCGCCCCAACAGACUCCCGUCGACGGCACUCCCUCCCUCUGCACUCCCUUCCCCCGAAUCUCUGGGGCUCAAAUACGUCCAGCGCGAGUCUCGUCAAGUCCGAAGAAGCUGCCCGUGGAGAGCAUAUCCUGGACGAGGCUACAGUGGCUCAUAGAAUCUCCGCCUUGAGGCAGCUGAAUGGUGGCGCGAACUCUCGUCACCAGUAUGCCAAGUCGACGGGAGCUCGAAACAGUACCUUCAGUCAGCCGGUGAUCGUGCGGACAUACUCCGGUGCGGCUCGUCCCCGUCCGAAGCAACGGGACCUGGUCACGGUGAAUAGAGUGAGCGGCUUUGCAGCGAUGGCUUCUGGAAAGAUGGAACUGAAGAUGCCGCCUGUGGAGGCGUUUACCUUCAAAGGGAUCAUGGAGGAGAUUAAACAUGGUGUUGCCGAGGAUCUCGAGCGGAUCGCGGAGAUUUGUGCCAGGAGCAAGUACAGUCUCAGUAACCAGUAUGAGGUCCACAUGCCGCCACAUGGACAUGGGGAGCCGGUCUUGCAGACCAUCGGGGCUGGAGCAGGUCCCAAUGCAGUCGCUGGUGGUCCAACCUUGCAAGCUAUCGUCUCGGACGAGGACCCGCCCAAGCAUGUUGGGAGACGAGGCGGUAGACGAGCGAGGUCUGUGGCGUAUGGAACUCUCGAAACCAUCAUGUCGUCUUCAAGGUCCUCUGACGAAGACAAGUCGAACAAGAAGCCUGCUGCUGUGAUAGCCGAGGGAGUCCGUGGAAGGGCGGCCAGAAAGGCAAACCUAGCUGCAUCGAAAGAAGCGGAAACGAAGGAUGCCAUCGAAGCUGUGCCAACCGCGCAAGGCCUGUCAAAACAUGCUCGAUCCAAAUCUGCAUCGUUUGUAUCAAUGAUCAUUGAUAAUGCCCAAGUCUGUAAGCAGGACCCUACAACUCGCCUCAUAUCGUCGAACUCGUUGGUCAGCGAGCCUGCUCGCCCUCAAGCAUCGACUGCGACAGACCCCAAAGGAGGACCUGUCUUUGAACCUAACCAUCAUCUUUCUCCUGCAUUCCAGAAAUUCGUUCCUGCAAAGCCCACUGUGGGUCAGAAUGAACCAAUAGCUUCGAUUCUGAAACCUGAAGCGGAAGAAAAGUCCACGAUCCUUGGAAGUCUUGGGUCUUGGUUGCCGUGGAGCAAUAGUGCUGCUCCAUCUGGUGGAAUCUUCCAUGGGAGGAAUAGAAGUGCGUCCCAUGCUGAGGGGAGUCUCAGGGAGCUGUUGAAGUCGACGAAGGUUGAUAUAAAGGGGAAGAAUGUCGACCGUUCGCAGUGA